AUGAUUGCGUUGCAAAUUCUUGGUGUUAUUGUAAGUAAUUUGAUGAUUUUUGGGAUCUUCUGCAUGCAGAGAGGAAUAAUGUAUUUCCUUAUUUUUUCAGACCUUCCUUUCUCUUCAAGCGUUCCCGGCAAAAGUUCCGGUGAGUUAAAUAGGACUUCUGAAUACUUAUUUUUAUUAUUUUUGUAGCAUUGGUCGCUUGCAUCAAAGCGCUCUUCACCUAGUCGUCCAUCGCUUUUAAAUAAAGCGGAUUUUGCGGCUCCGAAGCCGGCUCCAACGAUCACCAGAAGGCGUUCAAGGAAAGGUGAGACAUCGACGACUCAUUUUCCGAAAGGUAUUUCAACUUCAACACGGGGAGAAAAUGUAAUUACGUCGUUGUCAGCGCCAAGUACUAUUUCAACGGUGCCAUCGAGAUCAACAACAGCCGCUGACAGUACUACUGGCAGUCCUACUACUUCCAGUCCUUCUCCAACUACUACUACUGCUCCGGAAACUACUACUACCACAUCUGCUACAACUACUACUGCUGCUACUACGUCCACUACUACUACUCCACCUCAAACUACAACAACCUCCGUCACCUCUACGACUCCUCUUCCAACUACUACAACGUCAACAACACCCUCAACAACUCCAAUCAUCACAACUUCAACUUCCACUACCCCUGCUACAACGUCGCCUCCAACUAGUGGAAUUGGGCAAGGUAAGCAUUGAAAAUUGACUGGGGAUAACUUUUUAGUAGAUGGGGAGUCCAAAAAAUUUUCAUUCAACGUGACAGCAAAUAGUUUUUUGUGCGAAACGAGUAUGUCGGUCUUACUUUCCCAUGUUGGUUCUCACCCAAGUUCCCAGGAAAUUUGAAUAAACUAGGAAGUAUAAAUACAACAGACAAUCCCAAUAUCUUUUAAUUCUGUCUCCGGAUUCCGGUCGUGUGUGUGUGUGCUUCAUUUCGUCUCAAUAAACCCUAUACUCUUCUUACUUUGGACUGGUGACCACCUCCCCCUUCUCCCAGCGUCUCUCGACGUUAUAUGGGGGCUGCCCUUCUCAGCGGAAGAUCCCAGGACCUGUGCAAGUGAAGGUAUAGUUACCAGUGUAUCUGACCGGUGGAAAGUUUGAAACGGGCCGCCCUUUCCUAGACAUGGCUCCAAGCUUUCCAAAAUUCCCCGGGCCUGGCCAACAAAUUUUUGCGGGCGAGCCCCGGGCUUUGAUUUUCAGUCAAACAUGAUUAAAUUUCUCUGUUUUUAUCAGUCCGUCGGGAAAAUAAUAUGGAUCCGUCGCACCUUGUAAUCGCUCAUUUUCGCUUUACAAAGUCUAGCUGGAGAUUUGGUGCGCGACGAGGCGAGAGACUUUGCUGCAAAAAAUCCACGUUAUUUUCCCAACAGACUGAUAUUCUCUCCACUUUCAGCUGUCUCCAACUCCAUUGCUAUUUGGAUAGCCGCGGCAUUUAUCUUGGUAUAA